GUCCUUAAAAACAUCACUAUUGGCUGAGACCUAGGGCUAAAGCUGGGAGACUGAAAAGAUGCAGACCACCGGGGCCUUACUCAUUUCUCUGGCUCUGAUCUGCUGUUGUACCACGGGUCUAAUCAGGCCUGUGUCUGCCUCCUUCUUGAAUAGCCCAGAGAGUUCAUCUAAACAGCCCUCCUAUAGCAGCUCCCCACUCCAGGUGGCCCGACAGGGGUUCCAGACCAGUGUUGUCUCCUGGGACAUUGACACGGCAGCCAAGUUUAUUGGUGCUGGGGCAGCCACAGUUGGUGUGGCUGGUUCAGGGGCUGGCAUUGGAACAGUGUUUGGCAGCUUGAUCAUUGGCUAUGCCAGAAACCCAUCUCUCAAGCAGCGGCUCUUCUCCUGCGCCAUUCUGAGCUUUGCCCUGUCUGAGGCCAUGGGGCUUUUCUGUUUGAUGGUUGCCUUCCUCAUCUUCUUUGCCAUGUGA